AUGCCUGCCCCAGCAGGAACAGCCAUCGUGUUGAUCGACCCUUACAACGACUUCCUUCAUCCGGACGGUAAGGGUACUUCAGCUCUCACAGAUCUUGAUGAGAAAGAUACCAUCAGUCACCUGAAAAAGGUGGUCACGAAUGCGCGUCUCCGCGGUGUUCCCAUAUACUAUGGUUUGCAUCAGCAGUGGACACCAGACCACUACAACGGAUGGCAGCAUAUGACCCCAAGUCAUAUUCGUCAGCAAGAAGUACAGAUGUUUGCGGAGGGAAGUUUUGGUUCUCAAAUCUACGAAGGCCUAGAGCCAGACUCAAAGAAUGGUGAUGUGGUUGUGAGCCGUCACUGGUGCAGCGAUUCGUUUUCUGGUACCGACCUGGACUUUCAGUUGCGACAACGUGAGAUCAAGAGAUUGGUUUUUGCGGGAUUGACUGCCAACACUUGUCUCGAGGCCACUGCGCGACAUGCAUACGAGUUGGGUUACCAGGUGACAAUGCUGAAAGAUGCUACUGCUGGAUGGUCGAAGGAGCUUACAGACGCGGCGACGGAUUUGAUUUGGCCCUUGUUUGCACAAGUUAUGACGGUGGAGGAUUGGGUGAAUGAAUCCUCUUGA